UAUACUUUGUCUGUCUGUUUUUGUCUGUCUUUUAAACGUGGAAAUUGGAUGCAAUUAAAUCGUAAAACACACAAUGAAAUUAUACAUUGAUGAUAAUUGCAGUAUUAGUUCCUUAAAAAUUCUAGCCAUUUCAAAGUUUUAUUGCGUAAACGUUAAUGUUUCUCCUUCAUCUGGCAUUAGAAAUUCACGGAUACCUAUUUUUGAAGCAUCAGAUGGUUCAUCAUAUUUUUCGGCUAAUGCAUGUUGCAGAUAUUUAGUUGAAGUUAGUGGUAAUCCUGUAAAUUAUGAAACUGAUGCAUGGUUAGAAUGGGAAUCUUCUACUUUGCAGCCAUCAGUUGGACUUUUGCUGAAAACAGGAAAAGGUGAAACUAUACCAGCAGAUUUUAAAAGGAAUUUGAUCUAUUUAAAUGCAGUUCUUGGGAAACAAAAUUAUUUUUCAGGAAAGGACUCGCUGAAUGUUUCUGACAUUGUCAUAUGGGCAAAUUUGUACCCAUUAUUUAAGUCAUCACUUUUAUCAGAUGUGUCUGAUCUUCCAAAUAUCCAGAGAUGGAUCUUAAGUUUAAAAAAUCAAGAUUCUUUAAAUAAAGCUUUCUUAAUUAUUUUUGGAGAUGCCAAAUCUGAAAAUUUAAAGAAAAAAUUAGCUGUCCAGCCUAUUCACUAUGUUCAGCCACACAGUUUUAUGCCUAUUGAUGUACCUGGAAUUUCAUUAGAAACUCUGACUAUUGCAGAAGUUGCCUCUAAAGAAAAUGAAGAAUCUGUCAAAGAACCAGAAGUAACAUCUGAGGAAAUUACUGUUGCAUAUGAGAAAUGGCUUAAAGGAAGAAGUAUACUACUUUCCAUUAAAAAAGAAGUGCCAAUAUUACCAAAGGAAGGUGAAAGAAAUGUGCUUAUAACAAGUGCUUUGCCAUAUGUUAACAAUGUCCCACAUUUAGGAAAUAUCAUUGGUUCUGUUCUGAGUGCUGAUGUUUUUGCGAGGUAUUGCAGACUAAGAGGCUAUAAUACACUGUACAUUUGUGGAACAGAUGAAUAUGGCACUGCUACUGAAACCAAAGCUAUUGAAAAAGGAGUCACACCAAGAGAAAUAUGUGAUGAAUACAAUAAAUUACAUUCUGAAAUUUAUGACUGGUUUAAUAUCUCAUUUGAUUAUUUUGGAAGGACAACUACAAAUAAGCAAACAGAGAUUGCACAGGAUAUUUUCAAAAAGUUACACUCACAAAACUUAUUACUUACUGAUACUGUUGAGCAGCUAUAUUGCGAAUCAUGUAAACGGUUUCUUGCAGACAGGUUUGUAGAAGGGACUUGUCCUCUGUGUUCUUAUGAAGAUGCCAGAGGUGAUCAGUGUGAUAAAUGUGGUAAAUUAAUAAAUGCCCCCGAUUUAAAAAAUCCACAAUGCAAAGUCUGUAGAACUACUCCUCAUUUACGUUCUUCAAAGCAUCUUUUCUUGGAUCUUCCUAAGCUAGAAGCAUCUAUAAAGAAACAUUUGGAUAAAGCUACUUCUACUGGGCAUUGGUCAAAUACUGCUCAGGUAAUAUCUUACUCAUGGCUUAAAGAUGGUUUGAAACCACGCUGCAUUACUCGAGAUUUAAAAUGGGGUACACCUGUACCUUUAGAAGGUUUUAAAGAUAAAGUUUUCUACGUUUGGUUUGAUGCACCAAUUGGGUAUUUGUCUAUUACGGCAAAUUAUACUGAAGACUGGGAAAAAUGGUGGAAACAACCUGAUCUUGUUCAACUAUAUCAAUUCAUGGCAAAAGACAAUGUUCCAUUUCAUUCUAUAAUAUUUCCUGCAAGUCAGAUUGGAACUAAAGAUAAUUACACAAUUGUAAAUCAUUUGGCUGCUGUUGAAUACUUAAAUUAUGAAGAUGUGAAAUUUUCAAAAAGUCGAGGCAUUGGUGUAUUUGGAGAUGAUGCAAAAGUGACAGGAAUUCCAUCUGACAUUUGGAGGUUCUAUUUAUUGUAUUUAAGACCAGAGGCACAAGACACAUACUUUAGUUGGAAUGAUUUGAUGUUAAAAGUGAAUUCAGAGCUUCUGAAUAACUUAGGAAAUUUUAUCAACAGAGCUCUUUCAUUCGUAAACAAUAAUUUUGGUGGUGUUAUACCCGAAUUGUUACUUGGUGAUUCCGAGAAAUUAUUAAUUGCUCAAGUUGAUCAAGAACUUAAAAAUUACAUUUCUUGUAUGGAGAAAACCAGACUUCGUGAUGCAAUAAAAUAUAUUCUGAAUAUCAGUCGCAUCGGUAACCAGUAUAUCCAGGCCAAUAAGCCUUGGGAGUUGGUUAAGGGAUCUGCUGCAGAAAAAGCAAAAGCUGGAACAAUCCUUGGUUUGAGUGCAAAUAUUUGUUGUCUUCUUUGUACUCUUUUGGAACCAUAUAUGCCAGAUACUUUUAAAAAUUUGAAAACUCAACUCAACACCGAACAGUCUCUUCAUAUUUUAAUAAAUGAUUUCGUUUGUUUACUUCCGAAGGACCAUAAAAUUGGAAAACCUGUGCCUUUGUUCAAAAAAAUUGAUCAAGAUCUUAUUAACAAUUUAAAAACAAAGUAUGGGGGUAGACAAUCACCUGAUAAGGAUUCAAGUUCACCGAAAAAGCUACCUGGAAAGACUGUAAAUAAAGAAGCUGCAGAUAAUCUUCCUAAUGGUUUGGAUGCCGAAGAAGUUGCGAGCUUGGAGUCACUAGUAACAGUACAGGGCAAUAAAGUUCGUGAACUUAAAGCCAAAAAAGAAAGUAAAACAGAAAUAGAUGAAGCAGUAGCUGUCCUAUUAGAACUUAAGAAGAGAUUAGCAGUUGCUAAAGGAGAAAAUCCUGACCAAUUUCAAGGAAAAUCUAAAUCUAAAAAGAAGAGGUGAUAAAAAUGCAUGUUUUAUUUAUUGUAUGCAUAAUCUAGAAUAAAAUUUUUUAUCAUACUAGA